AUGAGCAUUCCACGGAUUCCAGUACAGUCAUCAGGACCUUUAACAUGUGCAGAAUCAUUACAACGAGCACCUUCACCUAUCCUUUUCCCAGAAAAUGUCCCCGGUGCUGGCAAGCACAAUACCGAACACGAUGGAAUGUUCACAAACAAGCAAAAGAAUUUCCGAACCGACCUCUCGCCUGAUGAUGUAAAGCUUGUCAAUGAACUAGGGCGACUAACACCGGAUCAAUUAGCAGAGUACAUCAAAAACGUCCAGAACACUGCUUAUACUCUCGGAAUUGAUGAAGCUCGGCAGUUCUCUCGAGGGAAAAUGCUGCAGAUCUUCAAACGGUGA